ACGCGCGGGGCAUGCCGGGAGGUGUGGCGUGGCCCAGCUCGGCCCACUGAGGGCGGGAGCGCCGGUGCCUGUCGCGGUGCCGCCGGUCGCGAUGCUCCGUCGGAAGCCGACGCGGCUGGAGCUGAAACUGGACGACAUCGAGGAGUUUGAGAGCGUCCGGAAGGAGCUGGAGAGCCGCAGGAAGCAGCGGGACGAGGCGGAGGUGGCGGCGGGCGGCGAGGAGGCGGCGGCGAUCGGAGCGCUGGGCACGGAGCACAAGAGCCGCGAGCAGCUCAUCAAUGACCGCAUCGGGUACAAGCCGCAGCCCAAGGCCAGCGGCCGCACCGCGCACUUCGGCACCUUCGAGUUCUAACGGGGCUGUCCCGGGAGCCCCGCCAGCCCCGGCCCCCCUCGGCCGGGGGGGCCGCGCCGGGCGGGCCGAGCCGCCCCCCCCUGAGCUGUUACAUUUUUAAGUUUGGUUAACAUGCCCGUGAACGCCC